AUGCCGUCGAGACAGUCCACUGUUCCCAAUUUAGAUCUAAGCACUUCCACUCUGCAGGCGGAUGCGAAGAUCUCGUCUCCACUGACGCCCGGUGCCCAAAGCUCCGAGGGGCCAAGUCCCCUGACACCCCGUUCCCCCAAGUCAUCAUCGAGUUCGCCAUUUUUCAAAGGGGCCACAAUCAGACCCGUCACACAAGAUUCAAACAGCAAGUCGAAUAGCCCUACUUUACCAGCCUCUCCCGGCAUCGCCUCUGCAGAACCAGCUACUCCGGGAAUAACGGCUAUACCCCAGUACCCUCCUUCUCCGAAGGACACCCCUAAGCAUACGCGUGACCAAUCACGCUCUUUUUUCGCGAAUCUUAAAGCACCCAAGUCUUCACACAGAGCUCAACGGUCGGAUAGCUCAGGAAAUUCGGGCGAAAAGCCCAAGAGCCGCGGUAGCUCUCGGGACCGCAAAACACAAAUUUCGACGAAGUUGUACGAAUCAACCCCUGACCUGCCAGGUGCUAUUGAGCGCGCAGCUCAAGAAGAAAAUCGUGAGUACAUGUGCCCAAGCGUUGGUCGGUACAAUGCCCUAACGCUUGUCUCCAUAGGUGCUCAGGAGAGGUGUCCCCAUCCGUCAGAGGUUAGGAAAGUGGGUACGGAGUCGGAGGCCUUCAACCUAGCCAAGAAGAACAAGCCGCGUUUCGCCAAUCUCCUCUCUCGCUCCCGCUCAAUCAGGCUCGACGACUCAUCCAUGACCAGAAUAGCAAAUCGGCGUCCAUCUACUAGCCUCAUGCGGCUCGAAGAAAAUACCAGGAGGGAGGUUCAGGAACCCCCAAAGACAGCACCACGUCAUGAGCGCGGAAUUAAGACAGCCGGGAAUCCUACGGCUCGCAACUAUACCGCCGACCGUCCCGCAGAAUAUCAUCACAACAGCCAUUUGCGCAAAGACAAAUACUACGGCGCAUCGAUGGUUCCGUCCGCCUCGCUGAGCCAGGUGUCAGGCGCUUCAGCUGCGCUGUUCAAUAACCUCAAACAGUCCUCGAGUGGUGCUGCUGAUCGGAUCGGCAAGGCAGGGAAAGGGUUCUUCGGCAAGAUUACCAGGAGCGGGAGCACGAAUGAGCGGGAGCUCGUGAACGAUGACAACUACAUCUGCUCGGUGAUCAAUCUCCCACUUAUACAACAGGCCAGGCGGACUCGCAUCGCCAAACGGCUUGAGGAUUGUCGAGACAAAACUGAGUUUUGGAUGCCUGCUCUACCAUAUCGCUGCGUUGACUACCUCAAUUUCAAGGGAUGUGAGGAGGAGGGACUAUAUCGAGUCCCCGGCAGCGGCAAGGAGGUGAAACAUUGGCAAAGACGAUUCGAUACGGAGCUCGACAUCAAUCUUUUUGACGAGCCAGAUCUCUACGAUAUAAACACCAUCGGCUCCAUGUUCAAGGCAUGGCUUCGAGAAUUACCGGAUGAGCUCUUCCCCAAGGAGACGCAAGCCAUGAUCGCCGAGAAAUGCGAGGGUGCGACGACUGCACCGCAAAUGCUCAAAGAUGAACUUUCCAAGCUGCCACCCUAUAACUACUACCUUCUCUUCGCUAUCACCUGUCAUCUAAACCUCCUCCACUCCUAUGUUGACCAGAACAAGAUGGACUACCGCAACCUUUGCAUUUGCUUCCAGCCUUGUAUGAAAAUCGAUGCGUUCUGCUUUCAUUUCCUUGUGUGUGACUGGAAGAACUGCUGGCAAGGCUGCUGGACGGAGAAGGAAUACCUCCAGAUUGAGAAGGAAAUGGAUGAAAAGGAAAAAGCAGCCCCAACGAAUCAUGAAGCAGUUCACGAUUAUUACCAAAUUCCACAUAACGACGAAAGAGCCGUAUCCUCCGGUAGCAGCCAACCUGCAACCGAAGAAGAGCCACCACGCCCGGCAUCGCCGAAAGGCCGCAAGCACAAGCCUAAGAACAUCGAGACCUCACAUGCGAGAAGCGUGUCACAGCUCCCUGAACUUGGCCCCCCACUUUCACCCAUCCAAAUCUAA